CUAGGCAUGCAGACUGCUUCUUCAAAUAUUUGUGAAAGAAUGGGUCGCUCCCAGGAGCUCAGUGAAUCCAAGCGUGGAACUGUGAUAGGUUGCCACCUGUACAAUAAGUUCAUCUGUGAAAUUUCCUUGCUAUUAAAUAUUCCACGGUCAACUGUUAGUGGUAUUAUAACAAAGUUGAAGCAACUGGGAACAACAGCAACUCAGCCACGACGUCAGGGGAGACGUGUUCUCUGGAGUGUUCUCUGGAGUGACAAAUCAGGCUUCUCUGUCUGGCAAGUUGAUGGAAGUGUCUGGGUUUGGCAGUUGCCAGGAGAACAGUGCUUGCCUGACUGCAUUGUGCCAAGUGUA